AAGUCAGGCGACAACACAACUCUUUCCCGGGGGCUUUUCGCUUGCAUCACUCUGACCCGUCUUGAUUUUGGUACUUGUGACUGAACAAACGACAUCAAUUUCCUCCCUUCUACUCAUCCCAUCUUUCAUAAUCGCCCAAUUUUCAACCAACUCCCUCAAUCCAAAACCACGUCUCCUAGUGCGUGUAUCCAUAUCAUAUCACGCACAUUUCUCUUUUUUCUCUAUUUUGUUUUAUGAAGACACCUGGGUCUCUCCCCCAACGUGAGCGCGCUUCGCGAUAUCACCUGUCGGCUGUAUCCAGUAUCGUCAUCACCAUCAUCAUCACCAUCACCACCGUCGGCCCACCAUUCCCAGGGUUCCAGGUCAGCACGUCACUCAACAUCGACCUAUUCGUCUAUCAAAGGUCCCAACCGCCUUCCCCCCUCAGUCUAAGUCUAUUUCUCCUCAACCGAUAUGCCAGGGAAAACGCCUCAUUCAAACGGUAACGAGCCGGUCGAGAACGGUAUUAGGAACAACCAGGACGUCGAUAUGACCGACGAGAAGUCCUCACUUAAAGGAAAGGGCAAGAAGGGUGCUAAGGAGGGCGAAGAUAUGACGGUCGUUGUUCCCCCUUCAAAGACCACAAAGCAAUCGUCUCAACCGCCUGCGCCCGAUGCCGACGGUGACGUCGAUAUGGACGUGGACAAGCCGGAGGAUCUCGAGGUUAAGGUUGACCCUGUUACCCAGGCCAUCACAGAUAUUAAGAGUAAUUUUGCCCUUCUCGACCGCGCAGUUGCCUUAUUCGAUGCUAGAUUCACGUUGCGAGCUUUAAGAUCCCUCUCUUCCCUGCGGAAGCGUCUUACCCCGGAUAUUCUAGCUCAAGUCAUCGCCGAGACCUUCUCGGUCUCAAGCACAUCUGCUAGCGUGGCUAAGCAACUUCUAGUCGCUAUUGGAAAAGAAGAUGUGCCUCUAGGUCGCCAGGCUAGUGCUGAGAUGGAGAUUGAUAGCGAGCCAAAGGCUCCCGCUAAGAACGGAAAUAAGAAGGAAAAUAAGGAGGUCAUCCCCGAGAUCGACAUCUUUCUGAGCAUCUUGGUUCAAGUCUAUCUAUUUGACUCCAAGCAGUUCCAGCAAGGCGCGGAAUUUUCCAAGUACCUAUCAGAGCGCAUCCACUCCCUAAAUCGACGAACCCUAGAUUCGCUUUCUGCAAAGGUCUACUUCUAUUACUCUUUAUUCUGCGAGCAGCUUGCUCCAUUGCCGCCAUCUCCUCAGUCUCCCCUCGUUGCGAUCCGCCCGACUCUCUUGACGGCUCUUCGGACCGCUGUCUUGAGAAAGGACAUCGACAUCCAGGCCUCGGUUAUUGUUCUCCUUCUCCGAAGCUACCUACUAACAUCCCACAUCUCUCAAGCCGAUCUUCUCGUAUCGCAUACCCAGUUCCCCGAAAAUGCCGCCAACAACCAGGUUGCACGUUUUCUUUAUUACCUCGGUCGAAUCCGAGCUAUUCAGUUGCGCUACACGGAAGCCCACGAGCAUCUAACAGCAGCCACACGAAAAGCGCCAGCGAGCUCGUGCGCUUUGGGUUUCGCGCAAACUGCGACAAAACUCUUACUGGUUGUAGAGCUGCUGAUGGGUGACAUUCCUGAGCGCGCUACCUUCCGCGUCCCCAGUAUGGAGCAAGCUCUUCGCCCGUACUUCUUGCUCGUCCAAGCCGUGCGGGUGGGUAACUUGGAGGAUUUCGAAGUGGUGAUAGCUGACCAUGCCGACACAUUCCGCCGCGACGGAACGUACUCGCUCAUUCUACGUCUUCGUCAGAACGUUAUCAAGACGGGUAUCCGUAUGAUGAGUUUGAGUUACAGUCGUAUCUCGCUGCGCGACAUAUGCAUCCGCCUGCAUCUUGGUAGCGAGGAGAGUGCCGAGUAUAUUGUUGCUAAGGCAAUCCGAGAUGGCGUCAUCGAGGCGACCCUGGACCGCGAACGAGGUUUCAUGAAGAGCAAGGAGGUCGGUGAUGUUUACGCUACAAGGGAGCCGGGUGAGGCGUUCCAUGACCGUAUUAGAGCCUGUCUUGCGCUCCACGAUGAGAGCGUAAAGGCUAUGCGUUUCCCUAUGAACCAGCACAGGCUCGAGCUUAAGAAUGCCCAGGAGGCCCGUGAACGGGAACGUGAAAUGGCGAAGGAGAUACAAGAAGGUGACUUGGAUGAAGACGACCUCGGUGGAGACUUUGAGGGUAUGUAACAUAAUUUAACCCGCGUGUAUUCUGAAAUGGGAAGAACUCCGGGCGCUACUUUCUCCUCCAUCAACGGCCUAUAAUGGUUUGGCAUGCAAGAACGGAGGAGCCAGCUUAUCUGCAUCGGUGAAAGUUGUAGUUUAGUGACCGAGACAAACGAAGAGGCCACCAUAUUGGGGUGGCUAAAUGUAAACAAAGUCAUUCGGCUUAUUAUUGUAAUAGACAUCGACAGAGAGGAGAGCCUUUUUUUAGUUUUUAUCUUGUCCAGCCGGGAAAGAUGUGUAUGAAAUAAUAGGUUGUUCCAUGGCAAGUGAGAAGGACACCUUAAACAGCAAAUCUAAGCGUUCGUUGGGACCGCCCUCGUCUUUUCAAAUAUAUAACAAGUACAAAGGUACAUUGUAAUGUCAUGAUAUGGUAGAGUAUAGGUAAUUUGGUUGAUGCUCUCCGUGUGGUCACGGUAAAGGGUAUCACGUGGGGUACUCUAGGUACCAUACCAGCAUUAGGUAUUAUUAGACUAGGCACCUGAUGUAUUGUUCUACAUUAUGUCGUAUGGGG